UCAGCAAUACUAUUGUAUUAUAAAUUAUUAUAAAUUCGCAAAUUUCGUUUGAUCAGGUUUUUUUCAUAAAAUAUUUCGAUACUUUCAAGUUUCAGCUCAUCGGAGUGAGAUGAUUAGAUAAAGAUGGAUGAAGAUAGCUGUUUCUUCGGCGAUGGCGGCACUCUAGCUACGUUUCACCGGAAGAGUAGAUGUUUACGAUUCUGGCUGUAUUCUGGAGCGUUUCCUCAUGGGCGUCGCAGUUCACACACGUCACGGAUUCCGCCGAAGGAGUCGAUAAUUAAAAAAUGGUAUUCGUCAGUGAACAUUUUCAAACUGGGAAUAAUAUAUCAUAAGCAGAUUGAAAUGUGUGAACGUUUCAGUGUUUUGAAGACUAAGUUUCGUAGCAGAUUUCGAUUCCGUCACGGGAAUUUGCUCGAUAACUAUAAUGGAGAGACUGUGCCGUCUAUAUAUGUAUUUGAUUUCAAAGAAGUGCCACAUAAAAAAGGUAACUUUCGUCUAGUGUAAAAUUCAUAUAUACUUAUAGGCAAUUCGAAUUUCAUCGACGACGUCAAAAUACGCAAGAGGCACGUGGAGCAUCGCAAUACACACAAUAUUAUGUAUUAUACAUAAUUAAGUAACAUAAUAAACAAUAAUAUAAUAUUGUAUCUAUAAUAAUAUCUAUAAUACACAUUACACAUUGUAUUCCAGCGUGCGACACAGCUGUAGCAAAAACUAUGGCCUUGACAGUUAAUAUACGUUGCUGCACUGUCCACGCGCACUUACCAAUAAGGAUAACUCAUCACAAAUUACAAAUUUCUGUGCAAUGCCUGAACGAACAAAAGUGGUGCACAAAAAACGGUCGUUAAGUAUAUAAUAAUAUUAUUAUAUAUUAGGCGUACGGCGUAGGUAUACCUACACGGCUACACAAGGUUGGACACCACGGAAUAUCGGAGGGAAAGGUACAGCGCAAACGGCUACCUAUACCUCUUUUCCGCUUUUUAAUUUGGUUUUGUCGUAGAUAGCAUGCGGUGCCUAAACUAAAAGCACGUGCAUAAUAUAAUGGAAAAAAAUUUGAUGACAGCGUGUAUAUUAUUAUUAUUAUUAUUAUUAUUAUUAUUAUUAUUAUUAUUAUUAUUAUUUUUUUAUUCUUCAAGAGUUUGUAAUAGUCGCCACUAUACGCAUGUUGUUCUUUGUGUGUGUGGAGGGGGGUCCCACGAGUAAUUAUUCUAGUAAAUAAAAAAUUAAAAAAUUUAAAUUUGUAAUACACGUUUUUCACAUAACUAAAAUAUCAAUAUUUCAAAUUGUCUAGGUUUAUAUACUUAUAUAAUGUAGUAUUAUGUAAAAAAUCGUGGUAGUUAAAUAAUAAAAUAUAUACUAAAAUCAUGUAAUUAAUAUAAUAUGUAAUGCAAUAUUCCUAUACAAAUGUUAUAAGUCUGUCUAUAUUUUAUUCUUGUA